AUGGUCCUAUCCCCGCCUUCAAAGUCAGAGAACAGACAUCUCAGAGGUCCGCAUCUCCUCCAGCUGGGCGCGGGUCCUCUGGUGGCGGCGACGGUGGGGGUCAUGAACGUGUGGAGCCAGCUGGGCCAUUGCCAACCAUUGAUCUACUAA